AUGGAUGUUUCAGGUGGUGUUGCUCCUCCUGCUUCUGCUCCGCCAACAUUGAAUACAACAUUUACUGGUCAAAAUACAAUUUAUGUAAACAAUCUUAAUGAACGUGUAAAAAUUCAUGAAUUAAAAAAAUGUCUUUAUGCUAUAUUUUCUAAAUUUGGUAAAAUUCUUGAUAUAGUUGCAUUAAAAAAUUUACGUAUGCGUGGUCAAGCAUUUAUUAUAUUUGAUCAACCAGAUAGUGCUGCAAAUGCAUUAACAUCUAUGCAAUCAUUUCCAUUAUAUGAUAAACCAUUACGUAUACAAUUUGCUAAAACUGAUAGUGAUCUUAUAUCUAAACGUAAAAAUACAUUUGUUGAACGACCAAAACGUCGUGCUGAUUCUGAUUUACCAUCAAUAUCAAAAAAAGAGAAACGUCGUCAACAAAUAGCUGCUAAACAAGAACAACAACGUUUAUUAAAAGCACAAUUAGCAGCACAAUUUCCUGGUUUACCAGCUGGAAUGCCACCAAUGAUGCCUGGUAUGCCACCAAUGAUGAUUCCACCACCACCUAUGAUGAAUCGUCCAGUUUUACAUCCACCAAUAUUAGGUGGUGAAAUGCCAAAUAAUAUUUUAUUUGUAUCAAAUAUUCAAGAUGCUAAUGAAAGCAUGUUAACAACAUUAUUUAAAGCAUAUAAUGGUUUUCGUGAAGUUCGUCUUAUUCCUGGUCGUGAAGGUAUUGCAUUUGUUGAAUUUGAUCUUGAACAUCAUGCAGCUAUGGCUAAAGAUGGUUUACAAGGUUUUAAAAUUACACCAGACAAAGCAAUGAUGAUUACAUUUGCUAAAAAAUAG